AUGUCGGCCGCCCGACCAGGGAGAUGGAGAGGAAUCCCGGCCAUCGUGAUCCCCUUCGAGAAACUCCCCCUCCUCAACCGCACCGAAAACCCCAGCCGGCACGGCUCACGCUUCGUAACCGCGCGCGCCGGGGUCCCGCACCCCUCGUCGCCGGGCGGCUACGUCGGCGUGACCGAGGUCUUCCACCACCUGCAUUGCCUCAACGUGCUGCGCCAACACGUCUGGAAAGACGCGUACGCCCCGGCGGGCGCCCACGGGAAGGCCGAAAAGGACGAGCGGCCGCCGCUGCCUGCGACUUUGCGGCGCGAGGCGCGGGCACACGCGGACCAUUACGUCGACACGCUGCGCCAGGCCUUUAUAUGCACCGCGGACGUAACGCCGUACCUAAUAUACGCCGGCGGGGACGGGUCGGAUUGGCCGCCCAAAAACUCGCGGGAGGAUUUUAAAGGCCUAUAUAAAUAUCGCAAAUUUAAACCGUUGCUCAAAUACGUAUGGGAUAACGGAAUUAUGGUAAGGCCGCAAUAA